CUUAUGAUGACUUGUCUUCUAAAUAGUCAUUUUUAUAAUUGUUAGAUUGAUAGAUAGUCUUGACUGCAGCUGCUACUUUUUCUUCUGCUCAUGUAUUUAUUACCAACUUUCCACUGUCAAUCUUCAUUCUUCAAAACAUAUCAUUAGUAAAAUGUCAUUUUCAAAAGUUGUUCAUUGAUUUUGCAACUUUAACAGGUGUUCAUUUGGAUUUUAUCUCCUUUGUGAAUGAUUUGUAUACAUGGUGAUUGUCAGAGCUGUUAAUUUGUCAUCCAUGGAUAAUUCAACAUAUUUCACAACGGUUAUUUUGACUGGCUACAUUGAUAUUGGUGAUAUUAAGUAUUUGUGUUUUGUUGUUUUGAUCUUGUUGUUUGCUGCGAUCAUUGUAGCUAAUCUGUUUAUUAUUGGAAUAAUAUAUAAGGAAAAGUCUUUGCAUGAACCCAUGUAUGUUUUUUUAUGUAGCCUGUGUGCAAAUCAACUGUGCGGCAGCUUUGCUUUAUUCCCGUUUGUUUUAGGCAAUAUGCUACGGUCAAAAACCCCAGAAGUUCCUCUCACUGUUUGUCAUGCUCAGAUAUUUGCUUUAUACUCUUAUGCACAAGUAGAAUUCUGUAACUUAGCCAUGAUGUCUUAUGACCGGUAUGUAGCUAUCUGUCACCCUUUGGAAUAUCACAGAAUCAUGUCUCCUGCCAGGACGAUGACAUUGAUUGCUCUUGGAUGGUCGCUAGAAAUUAUGAUAUUAUCCUUUUCUUUUUCUGUUAAUGUACAGCUCAAAUUUUGUGGAAAUGUUCUGGAUAAAGUGUGGUGUGACCAGUACAUGCUUGUGAAACUGGCAUGCUCAGACACGACACCAAACAACAUCAUCGGCAUUACUGGUAUCCCACUUGCCAUUGGUCCACCACUGCUAAUAAUUUUUUUCUCAUAUGCAAAAAUUUUAAGAGUGUGCCUAAAGUUCACAAGACAGAAGGCCAAAAAGUCUCUGUACACAUGUUCUCUGCAUCUUAUCACACUCCUGAAUUUCACUGUUGGUUGUUCGUUUGAACUGAUCCAAAGCAGAUUUGGUAAGCUUCCCAUUCCUGCUGUAGUGCGUGUGAUUCUCUCACUUUAUUUCCUAGUGUGUCCACCACUGAUCAAUCCUAUCAUGUAUGGCGUAAGUCUUACUAAUAUAAAAAAGGCACUCAAAAAAUGUAUUGGCGUGUAGGCUAGAAAAAUAUACUGUACAAUUUAGGAAAUUCUUUAAAGGCACAAAGAACUUGUAUGUAUUUAUAACAAUUGUUUUAUUUUUGUAAAUAAUAUGUGGUAAAUGUUUGAUUAUUAUAUAACAUGGAACAACAUAUUGUGUUUCGACAUAUUCUGCAUGAUCUUUCAGUGUACUUUUCAAAACCCAAUAAAAAUAUAAAAGGUACCUUUAA